CUCCAUCCAUCCCUCUCUCAUGAUGAGAUGGAUGAUGAUGAUCGUGCGUGAGGGAGAGAAAGAGAGAGAGAGAGGAAGGGAGGGAGGGAUAAUACCUUCUGAAUACAUGAUGAAUGUAGUCAUCAGGCUUAAACUGACUGGGGGGCGAGUGGUGCACAGAGACUGAGAGCGUGCAUGUGAGUGACACCGAGCACCAUCAUCAACUCUCCCCCUGCAGCCUCUCUCAGUCUCUCCAUCCUCCUCCUGAAGAGAGACAGGGGGAAUCACGCAACUGACAAGAUAACUAAAAGAGAGGAUAAAAUGUUGCUUACCUUUCUCUACAGUUUUUUUAACUGAGCUACCAGAGGCAGUGAGACGCAGAAGUAAAGCGCAUCUUGUCGUAGGCUCCUGCCCACCCAGAGCUUUUCUUUCUGAGCAACAGGAUCAAGAGCUGUGCUCAGUGCGCACAGCCUGAGGAGGAGAGAGGAUGCUGAACAACAUGACAGACUGCGAGGAGGGAGAGGGGGGACCCAACAGCCAGGGUGAUGGGAUCCCCAAAGAGAGCAGCCCUUUCAUCAACAGCAGUGCAGCCAGUGACGCGGAGAAGAGCCAGCAGUAUGACGGAAAGAAUAUGGCUCUGUUUGAGGAGGAGAUGGAUACCAGUCCAAUGGUCUCCUCUCUGCUCAGCAGCCUGGCCAACUACUCCAACCUGCCAACAGGCAGCAAAGAGCAUGAAGAGGCUGAGAAUAUCGAGGAGGGGGCACGUCCGUCUAAAAAACCUGUCAAGGCUCCACAGCUGGGCACUCUGAUGGGUGUGUACUUGCCGUGUAUCCAGAACAUUUUUGGGGUGAUCCUCUUCCUGCGGAUGACCUGGAUGGUUGGGAUCGGAGGCGUCUUCGGCUCUUUCAUAAUCGUCUUCAUGUGUUGCUCCACCACGAUGCUCACAGCCAUCUCCAUGAGUGCCAUUGCAACAAAUGGGGUUGUACCAGCUGGAGGAUCAUAUUACAUGAUCUCUCGCUCCCUGGGGCCUGAGUUUGGUGGCGCUGUUGGGAUCUGCUUCUACUUAGGCACCACUUUUGCAGGUGCCAUGUACAUUCUUGGCUGUAUUGAAAUUCUGCUGAUUUACAUCAUUCCUCAGGCAGCCAUCUUCAAGAUCGAGGGCCUUGAGGGACCAGAGGCAGAGUUGGCUCUCCUUAACAACAUGCGGGUGUACGGCACCCUUGUACUGAGCUUAAUGGCACUGGUGGUGUUCGUGGGGGUCAAAUAUGUGAACAAGCUGGCACUGCUCUUCCUGGCCUGUGUCAUCCUCUCCAUCCUGGCUGUUUAUGCCGGAGUCAUCAAGACCGCCAUCGACCCCCCUGUCUUCCCCGUCUGCCUCCUGGGAAAUCGGACUCUUGUUUCUAAAGGAUAUGACAUCUGUGCAAAGGUCAUUGAAAUAGACAAUGAAACCAUCACCACCAAACUGUGGAGGUCCUUCUGUGAUUCUGAGUACCUCAAUGCCACUUGUGACGAAUACUUUACCAACAACAACAUCACAGAGAUACAAGGCAUCCCAGGGGUCACUAGUGGCAUCCUGGCAGAGAACCUGUUUGGUAACUACCUGGAAAAAGGGAUGAUCCUGGAGAAGCGUGGGCUUUCAUCGGACGUGGAUCCAGAUAGUCCCACAACUAGCUCCAACCGCUACGUCUUGGCUGACAUCACCAGCUUCUUCACCCUGCUGGUCGGGAUAUACUUUCCAUCUGUCACAGGUAUCAUGGCGGGCUCUAACCGCUCUGGAGACCUGCGUGAUGCUCAGAAGUCGAUCCCCAUCGGCACAAUUGCAGCCAUCACCACCACAUCUACUGUGUACAUGUCUUGUGUGGUGUUGUUUGGUGCCUGUAUAGAAGGAGUAGUCCUAAGGGACAAGUUUGGUGAAGGGGUCAAUGGUAACCUGGUGAUUGGAACUCUGGCAUGGCCAUCUCCAUGGGUCAUUGUGUUUGGCUCUUUCUUUUCCACUUGCGGAGCGGGGCUUCAGAGUCUGACUGGAGCUCCACGUCUCCUACAGGCCAUCUCUCGAGACGGCAUCAUCCCAUUUCUUAGAGUGUUUGGACAUGGGAAAGCUAACGGGGAGCCCACCUGGGCCCUCCUGCUCACAGCUUGCAUAUGUGAGAUUGGCAUCAUCAUUGCGUCCCUGGAUUUAGUGGCACCCAUCCUCUCCAUGUUCUUCUUGAUGUGCUACAUGUUUGUCAAUCUGGCCUGUGCUCUGCAGACUUUGCUGAGGACACCAAACUGGAGGCCACGCUUUAAGUUCUACCACUGGGCUCUGUCUUUCUUGGGUAUGAGCCUGUGCCUGUCACUCAUGUUCAUCUGUUCCUGGUAUUACGCCAUAAUCGCCAUGGGCAUCGCCACCUGCAUCUACAAAUACAUUGAGUUCUGUGGAGCCGAGAAGGAGUGGGGUGAUGGAAUACGUGGCAUCUCUCUUAGUGCUGCUCGCUUCGCUCUCAUGAGGCUGGAGGAGGGACCGCCACACACCAAGAACUGGAGGCCUCAGAUCCUGGUUCUGGUGAGUGUGGACUCCGAGCAGAACGUAGAACAGCCUCGUCUGAUCUCUCUGACCAAUCAGCUGAAAGCAGGGAAGGGUCUGACCAUCGUUGGCACCUCAGUUCAAGGAACCUUCCUCGAUAACUACACUGAGGCCCAGAGGGCAGAUCAGUCUUUGCGUAAGUUGAUGGAGACAGAGAAGGUGAAGGGCUUCUCUCAGGUGGUCAUCUCCUCCAAUCUGAGAGAUGGGACGUCCCACCUGAUCCAGGUUGGAGGACUGGGAGGUCUGAAGCACAACACUGUGAUGGUGAGCUGGCCCCGAAACUGGAAACAGCCUGAGUAUCACCAUCAGUUUAGGAACUUUAUCGAGGUGGUUAGAGAGACAACAGUAGCCAGUCUGGCCUUGUUGGUUCCUAAGAAUAUCUCCAGCUACCCGUCCAAUGGAGAGCGCUUCACUGAAGGUCACAUAGAUGUGUGGUGGAUUGUACAUGACGGAGGCAUGUUGAUGCUUCUGCCCUUCCUGCUGCGCCAACAUAAGGUGUGGAGGAAGUGCAAGAUGCGCAUUUUCACUGUAGCUCAGAUGGAUGACAACAGUAUCCAGAUGAAGAAAGACCUCAUUACCUUCCUCUAUCACCUGCGUAUUGAUGCUGCGGUGGAGGUGGUGGAGAUGCAUGACGGAGACAUCUCAGCCUACACCUAUGAGAAGACAUUGGUAAUGGAGCAACGAUCACAGAUCCUCAAACAGAUGCAUCUGACCAAGAAUGAGAUGGAGAGAGAGAUCCAGAGCAUUACGGAUUCAUCCCGUGGGUCCAUCCGCCGUAAAAACCCGUCUGCCAUGCGCUCCCAGCACAGCACCGAGGAGGGAGCCAGCCUGGCAGAAAAACCAGAAGACGAGUCUGUGGCUGUCUCCAACCCAAAACAGGUACAGCUGAUCCACACUAAGAACGCUUCCACACCAACCAGCCCCACAAGCCCCACGUCUCCCGCUGGGCCCGCAGGGGGCGCUGCCACCUGGACGGACAACAAGGGCGCAGGCAAGGGGCCGACCCUUUUAUCAGCGAACCCAGAGCCAGGCAGAGACCACUUCAACAUGAAGCCGGAAUGGGAGAACUUGAACCAGACUGAUUUGAGGCGAAUGCAUACAGCUAUGCGGCUCAAUGAGGUCAUCACAAAGAAGUCCAAGGAGGCCAAACUUGUCCUGCUCAACAUGCCCGGACCACCCAAGAACCGUAACAACAAGACUAACCCCAUGGACAAUGCCGUGUACAGGGACUACCCUUUUUUUACCGACAUACAGGUCAUGAUAUUCCUUGGCUUUGGGUGCCUGCUGGCAUUUUUUCGACUUUAUGGCUUUGGGGGGAUGGUUUUUAACUUCCUCACGGCUACUUUUGCCAUCCAGUGGGCCAUUUUAGUGCAGGGGUACUUCCAGUUCAGCCAUGAUGGUAAGAUUCACCUUGGAGUGAUCAAUCUCAUAAAUGCAGAGUUUGCCUGUGCUGUGGUGCUGAUAUCUUUCGGGGCAGUGCUGGGCAAGACGAGUCCUCUGCAGCUGCUGGUCAUGGCUCUGCUGGAAGUGCCUGUGUUUGCAGUCACAGAAUGGGCCGUGCUCAAGUAUCUGAAGAUCAACGACGCAGGAGGCUCUAUUCUCAUUCACCUCUUUGCCUGUUAUUUUGGCCUGGGUGUCACUUUUGUACUCUACAGGCCUUCCCUAAAUGAAGGUCACGCAAAGGAGAACACCAGCUACCAGUCUGACAUCCUCUCUGUGAUGGGGACCUUGUUCCUCUGGGUGUUUUGGCCCUCCUUUAACUCAGCUUUAACCCUGAAAGGAGACGACCAGCACAGAGCCAUACUCCACACCUUCAUCGGCCUCAGUGCCUCCACGCUCACAGCUUUCGCUCUCUCUGCCAUGCUGAACAAAAAUGGAAAGCUCACCAUGGCUGAUGUUCAGAAUGUGACCCUGGCUGGAGGCGUGACGGUCGGGGCAUCUGUGGAUAUGAUGAUAUCGCCUGCAGCUGCGUAUGCUCUAGGUAUGAUGGGCUGCAUUGCGUGUAUGCUGGGCUACAAGUACUUGAGCCCUUUCCUGGCACGGCGCCUCAGGAUCCAGGAUCAGUGUGGAAUACAUAAUUUGCACGGUCUAACUGGACUUAUAUCCUGUGCUGCUGGGAUAUGUGCUAUACUGAUGGCUAAAGAGGAGGUUUAUGGCCCCAGUUUGUAUGAGAUCUUUGCCCACAGAGCACCAGUGGAAGGAGACCCUAAGCUCCAGGAGCUCCAGAUGUUGAUCCCUGGGUUACAGCCAGGGUUGGGAAGAACUGCCAGGGAACAGGCUCUGUUCCAGGUCGCAGCUGUGUUCUCCACAAUAGGAGUGUCAGCGCUGGGAGGCGUCCUUACAGGCUUUGUGUUGAAGCUGCCGCACCUCGCGUCACCAUCCGAUGAGUUCUGUUUUGACGACGAGACGUUUUUUGAUGUUCCUCCGGACUACGAUUCACCACUUAAACUCAAUAACACAAUUACAACAGAGGAUUCUGCUGCUUGACAUGCAGCAGCCAAGUGUGGUCAAUGCAUGUGACUGAAGAAGAAAAUGUAAAUACGCCUAUGACUAUUAACUACUAAUUCAAUGUUUAUAUCCAUUACAUUGUAAAUUAUUUGAUUAAUAUCUAAAAACACUGUCGGGUACACUGUCCAAAACUAUCUAAUACAAUCAGUAAUUGUGUUAUUUAUUGUCUUUCAUGAAAACAUAAAAGUAAAUUAAGUGUUAUUGCUCUCUUGGCCAAAUUCUCAUAAGUUUGGGAUGUGAAAUUCUCUUUUUAAGUUGUGUGCCAUUUUUUCUUCAAGUAAUUAUGUCAAUAAUUCAAGCUGUGAAGAGGGAGAACAAACAAUUAAAGCUUGAGAUGUACGAUCUUGUUUCAAGGGAGUUUUCUGACAUGAAAGCAUGUAAUGUCCAACAAUUUCUAAAAAUGAAAACAUAAUAUUUACACGUAAUAACACAAAUAAGCAAACAGGGCUUGAAUCUCUACACUAAUAUUUAAAAUUUAAUUAAAAAAUACAGAUAGGAACUAAAGCAGUAAUGAAAGAUGAAGUUAAAUACAAUCAAAAACAGGAGCGAGAAAGUCUUGUAAAAAAGCAAAUAAUAAAAUAAUAAAAUCCUGAGUUGGGGGAGUUAUUUCAGUCUGAUGGUGCUUUAAAGUUAAUCAUCGCCUAGUUUCUUUACAAAUUCAAGGUACACAAAAGAAAGGGUGUGACAUUUGUUUAACUGAGUAUGAUGAUUUAAUGGAACUAAAAGCUGUUUUUAAAAUGCUGUACAUGCAUUUCAAAACAAGUCUCCCAGCUUUAAGUGGAAACCAGUGAAAUUGUGGGAAAGCGCUAUUUCAAAGUCCACCGAUGUGUAAGAUAAGGAGUAAAGAGAGUAUAAAGAGUAACUAACAGAUAUUUUAAACUGCAUUCAAAGGAUGGGUUUCAGAGGUGUUCUGGUACAUGAUGUUAUAAUCUAUAACAGGGAAUAAAAGAUGGGGGUCUAUUCGUUUUAUCACUUUGUUGUCACUGUUGUACUGUGAAUAGCUUUUUAAUACAACUCAAACUAUAACACUAGAUGGCGACAUAGAGCCGUGACACAAGGUCCUCUCACUGAGUUCUCGCGUGGAAAAGCGCGAUUCCAAAGUCCCACGGGACUUUGUGCCCUCAGUGAUGCUUUACAGGAGAGGAAGAGGAGGGUUGUUCCUGUGAGAGAAGAAGCUGUUAGUCCACGGACCUUCAGGGGACGCCAAAGCAAAGGCCACUGAACUUUCAGCAACAACCAUUACUCCUAACUUCCUGUCUACACCGGAAGUGGAAAUCAUACAGAAUUUCCUCUAAAUUUCUGAUCUGCUUUUAUGUUAUGGCCCACCUGUUCUGGACCUAUAAGAGCUAUAUAGGGACCAUUGACAGUAUAUAUAUAUAAGUAUUUAAAUGUAUGGUAGUGGUGAAGGAAGUAUUCAGGUCCUAAAAGUACUGACCACACUGUAAAGUCUUACAUUUGAAAUGUUACUUAAGGAAAAUUACAAAGGUUUUAUCAGAAAAGUAUCAAAUCCUCAAAAGUACUCACUGCAGAGAAAUUGGCCCUGUGAAUGUAUAUAAUAGUAUAUAUACACAUAUAUACUAUUUACUCUUUAUAUACACAUAUAUACUAUUUACUAUUUAUAUACACAUAUAUACUAUUUUGUUAAGAUAUAACUCUACUAGUGUUGAAGCAGCAUUUUCUCUUACAGUUUUUUUUUUUAACAAUUUUACAUUGGGUCGUAAUUAUUAUUUUCAUUAGGGAUUCAUUUUUAUUUUGUCCAAUCCAAACCUCAAAUAUUCAGUUUAAGCUACAUUUUAAGACAAGAAAUGCAGUAUACGUUCACAUUUAAGAAACUGAAGCUGUGAAAGGUUUGACAUGACUUAAAGGAUUAUUCGGUUUUUAAAUCUGUGACUGACUCAUUGUCUGAUAAGUGGCAAAUCUACAAAUGAAUGAAUUGACUAGAAAUGCAUCAUGUUAAAGUAACUACAGCUGUCAAAUAAUUGCAGCAGUGGAGGCAGAAGACCUCAGUUUCAGAAAAGAGAGCGGUCAAGUUUGUUGUGUUUAUUUCAUUAUGUCAUUGUUUUGGCAAUGUACACAUCUGUUAACUAAAACUAAACUAAAAACUAAAACUAGGUCUGAAAAAACAUUUCUGUUAACUGAAAUAAAAAUAGAAACUAUAUAAUAUUGUGUUCUUACACAACUAACAAACACUUUAGUUGUAUUCAUUUAUUACUUUAUUUUAUUAUUAUUUAUUAAAAGAAGUUUACAACGAGCUCAAA